AUGCCUCCACGCCCGAUCCCCUCCAGCCCGUCGCUACUGUCUCCCGGCGGCUACGACGAUGACGUCGUGUCCCUUCGAUCUCUUUCGGACCAAGACUCGGACUCAGAAGAUGAUCAGCUUGUACAAGCGUCACGAAGUACCCUCGACCUUGUCCGACAUGACCAAACGGUGCUAGAAGAGGAAGAAGAACUAGAGAGGUUAUUAACAAGGAAACCUGCCGCAGCAAGCUUAAAGAGAAUAUUUGGAACUGCACAUGAUACUGGGAGUAGUGUACGGAUAGGAAAGAAAAAGAGGAACAGAAGAAGAAAGAAGGGAAAAUCACGACCCAGCGUGAAUCGGGGUGGAGAUGAAGAAGGAGAGCUCAUGUAUGAGAUGGAGGAGGGAGACGUUUUCAACAAAGAGCAAGGAACAGAUGAAUCCAGCUCACUCUUCUCCAGUCCCAGCUCAUCGUCUUUGGAUAGCCUGGUGCUGGAGAACCGGCCAUUCAAGCGGGUAAAGCCAGCCCCUAUCUUUGAUACACCGAAAGGAUUCUGGCGCAGGUUUGGUCUACCACUUGCUGCCACUCUUAUUCUGUUUCUUAUUCUCUUUCUCGGCGCAUAUAAGGCGUCGAGCGGUUUUCGACUGAGGCAACAUGGUAAAUAUAUGCUUAGAUCAAAUGGGACAGCGCUUUUCCGUCCCACCACUAUUCUUAUUUCCCUCGAUGGGUUUCGGGCCGAUUUUCUUACUAGGGGACUUACACCCACGCUCAAUCAGUUUGUCGCAGAUGGCAUUUCCCCGAGAUACAUGCUGCCGAGCUUCCCAAGUGUCACGUUUCCGAAUCAUUUUACAAUUUUGACUGGGCUAUAUCCUGAAAGCCACGGCGUGGUUGGGAAUACUUUCUGGGACCCUGAGCUGAAGGCGGACUUCUACUAUACGGACCCUAAGCGAAGUAUGCAAGCAAAGUGGUGGAAUGCAGAACCCUUAUGGGCGACAGCUGAAAAGCAAGGUGUGAGAACUGCGAUACACAUGUGGCCUGGGUCUGAAGCUCAUAUUGGUCCAUUGGAACCCACAUAUCUUGAUAAAUAUAAUGGCAGUGAAACGCUUUCCGUUAAGGUCGAGCGGAUUUUAGACUGGCUUGAUCUACCAGGAGACGAUGAUGAAUACCCUUCUGUUAAGGAGCGAAGACGGCCACAAUUUAUUGCCAGCUAUGUUCCUAAUGUCGAUGCAGAUGGGCAUAAAUUUGGUCCCAAUAGCACUGAAACUAGGCGUACAAUUGCCAAUGCGGAUAAUAUGCUUAAAUCUUUAUUGGACGGUCUUCAAGCUCGGAACUUGACACGUAUCGUGAACAUCAUUGUUGUAUCCGACCAUGGCAUGGCGACGACUUCGACAGAUCGGCUUGUUCAGCUAGAUGAUCUAGUUGAUCUCUCUUUAAUUGAACGCAUUGAUGGAUGGCCACUUCAGGGUCUGCGGCCAAAAUACGAUGCCGACAUUCCUAAAAUCCUUUCCGACUUGGAACAGAAGUCCAAACCAUACCUUGACUCCAUCGAAAUCCAUGCCCGCGAAAAUAUGCCUAAAAGGUAUCACUUUUCAAAUAAUGAUAGAAUAGCGCCAAUAUGGAUAAUUCCAAAGUCUGGCUGGGCCAUCGUCAAAAAGGCAGAUUUUAACAUCGAAGAGGCCAAAAAGAAGAAUAUCACUUAUCACCCACGGGGUAUACACGGAUACGACCAUGAACACCCACUCAUGCGUGCGAUAUUCGUUGCCCAUGGGCCAAGUUUCCCGCACAAACCAAAUAGUCGAGUUGAACACUUCCAAAAUACUGAAGUCUAUAAUAUUAUUUGUGAUACUCUUCAUGUCAAGCCGAACCCAAACAAUGGCACUCUACACCUCCCAUUGCACCCCGUUGGACUCCAUUCCGACAAAGACGCACCAUCCCUCGACAUUCCAGAUGACCCUCCUACCUCUUCAUCCAGUAUAAUUUCCAGUACCAGCUCUACGCGGACGGCCGUUGAAUGGACUCGCCCUGUUCCUAUCCACACAACAUCGCUUCCUAGUAACCCCGAAGCGUCGCAUAUUAUAGAUAAUGAAAAAAACAAAACAAGAGUUGAAGAUACGCAAAACGAAAACGGAUAUAAGCAAGAUGCGGCUUCAUGGCUGUCAUAUAUGAAGGAUAAACUAAAUGCCCUUAAAGAAUGGGCGAAAGGACUGAUUAAUGCCCAGAAAGCGAGCUCCGGUCCGGCUUCAACCGCAAAUCGAUAG